AUGAACCCCAGACAUGCCGCUGAGGCUCGCAUUGCUGUCCGCGGUGGCGGUGGUGACGAGGGUGGUGGUGACUGGUGGGGCCAUGGUGACCAUGGUGACCAUGGAGAUCACGACGACGACCAUGAUGGAGAUCAUGGACACGGUGGUCCCCCAGAAGAGACUACUCCAUGCGAGACGGAGACUCCUCCCCCAGUCGAGACUCCCCCGCCUGUUGAGACCUCCACCCCGUGUGAGACUGAUACUCCCACCCCUCCUCCGGUUGUGACGCCUACUACCACUCCAUGUGAAACUGAUACGCCUACUCCUCCCCCGGUUGAGACGUCUACUCCUUGUGAGACGGACACACCUACUCCUCCCCCAGUUGUUACACCUACUACCACCCCGUGUGAAACUGAUACGCCCACUCCUCCCCCGGUUGAGACGUCCACUCCCUGCGAGACUGACACUCCUACUCCUCCACCGGUUGAGACGUCCACCCCAUGUGAGACUGACACUCCUACUCCUCCACCGGUUGAGACGUCCACCCCAUGUGAGACUGACACUCCUACUCCUCCCCCGGUUGAAACCUCCACUCCUUGUGAGACGGACACCCCUACUCCUCCACCGGUCGAGACGUCCACUCCUUGUGAGACUGACACUCCCACUCCUCCUCCUGCCACAUCUACCCCGGUGUCCCCUACCACUCCCUGCGAGACUGAUACGCCUACCCCUCCCCCGGCGUCAUCCACUCCAUGUGAGACUGACACUCCUACUCCUCCUCCUGCCACCUCUACCCCAGUCUCUCCCACUACCCCCUGUGAGACCGAUACCCCCACUCCUCCUCCCGCUAGUACUACUCCCUGCGAGACGGACACCCCUACCGUUCCUCCUCCUGCUAGCACUACUCCCUGUGAGACGGAUACACCUACCGUUCCUCCUCCUGCUAGUACAACCCCCUGCGAGACGGAUACUCCUACCGUUCCUCCUCCAGCUAGUACUACUCCCUGCGAGACCGAUACCACUGUCGUCCCUCCUCCCGCCAGCACUACACCAUGCGAGACUGAGACUACCGCCGUCCCUCCCCCGGCUUCCACUACCCCGUGUGAAACUGAGACUGUUCCUCCCCCUCCAGUCACUGUGACCACUACCUGGACCACGACCACCUGCCCAGUGACAUGGGCGACCGUUUCAAGCGGCACAACGACCUACACGCACCCAGUGACCCAAACUAACACAAUCACUGUGACAUCCGUGUCUACAUGCACCGAGGGCUGCGUUCAGCCAACAACUCCUAUCGUUGUCCCUCCCCCAGUGCAGACUACUUCAGUUGUCGUGCCUCCUCCGGUGCACACUACCUCUGUUGUGCCUCCCCCAGUACACACUACCUCUGUUGUUGUGCCUCCCCCAGUGCAGACCACAUCGGUGGAGGUUCCCCCACCAGCGCAAACUACCUCUGUUGAGGUUCCUCCCUCCGCAACUGAGCCUACUACCUCAGCUGCAUCCACCUCGCCAGUGUCCCCUGUGCAGCCUACAACUGCGGCAACAUCGGCGUCCUCCACCACUGCGCCCCCCGCAUCCUCGUCGCCUGUGUUCAACAGCGCUCCCGCUCAGUUCCAGAAGGGCAUCGCUGCCUUCAUCCCAGGCCUUGCUCUUCUGUUUACUCUGCUGUAA